CUCAGAAAAGAAGUCAUGUUGAAGGAGACACUUGGGACUUUAAUGAAUCUAACCUGUUAACAUCCCACAGGCGAGAACAAUGGCAGCAGGAGGCUGGGUCUGCUUCCUAACUGGACUUCUGUCUCUGGCAUCUGCUGUGGAUCACAACCACCAGGGUGAGGCAGAUACCUACCAUGUGAGUGUUGGUCACCUGUUUUUGCUGAAAUGCCAGCCAGCUGAUGCUCAUUCCGAGAUAAUGUGGAGCAGAGGAGACAGUGGCAAUGAGAGCCUGCCCACUGGAGUAGAGGUCAGAGACGGGUUGCUGUGGUUUCAGCCCGUGCAGAUAACUCAUACUGGAAGCUAUAUCUGUGAAAAAAGGAAUGAAACUACAUCAUCAAAAAGAAGAUUUAGAGUUUUAGUGUCAAGAAAAGACUGCCCUGAUCCAAAUGAGAACAUCUCAGUUGUAAAGAGAGUAAGAGACGGUCUGCGGUGCAAACAGACUGAGAUCUUCAGACUGAAUCUCACAAGGAAAAUCCGAUGGAUGAAGGACUGUCAGCCAGUGCAGCUGGAUGAGGAGUCCAUCUAUCUGAAUGUAGACGGUUUCAUGAGGCUGCCGGCAGUGUCGGAGAGAGAUGCAGGAAAAUACACCUGCCUGAUAGACAUUACUGUAGAUGGCCAGAAUUACACUACAGCACGAAGUAUCCAGCUGACUGUUACAAACGGUGCUCCAGAGGUCUUUCCAGAGCUCCAUGUCAUAAGCCCUCUAAACGAUGUGGUCAUAGUUCAAGUGGGUAAGAGAGCAGAGCUGCAGUGUUUAGCCUACACCGGCUUCAGCGAGGAUACAGAGAUUUUCAUGUUCUGGACCAUUAAUGGCACAUACGCUAGCGACUACACAGGACUGAAAGAGUCCUGGACAUUCAUUCAUGACAGAGGCAAGGUGUAUGGUCAGUCAAAUCUGUCCAUCUCCAUAGUUCGACAUGAGUUCCUGAAUGUCCCCAUCAAUUGCCACAUCUCAAGCCCGGUUGAAGAGAAGUUUGGCAAGGCCUGGCUACAGGAAGCUGACCACGGUGUGUUCUACAUGAAUGUGGCUAUCUGCCUCAGUGCCCCCAUUACCCUUCUGCUUCUGACUGCCUUCAUUUUUAUCUGUAAAGUCGACCUGAUUUUAGCUUACAGGAAACUGACUACAACAUUUUCCAAACAACAAGUUGCAGAUGGGAAACUCUACGAUGCCUAUGUGAGUGUCGGCCAAUCUGCCAUGCUGAAUUUGGAUGGUGUGGCCUGCUUUGCUCUGCAGAUCCUGCCUAAGGAGCUGGAGCAGAAACACGGUUACUACAUGUACAUCAGAGGACGAGACGACUGCCCUGGAGAAGCGGUCCAUGAUAUCAUAACAGCUGCAGUGCGCCAAUGCCGCAGACUGAUAAUCAUCUUGUCAUCUCAUGGGAAAACAAAGGAAACUGUGCAGCCCUGGGGGAAUCAAAGCCAGCUGUUGUAUGAGCAGAAAGUGGGCCUUCACGAUGCUUUGAUGCAUAAUGAUCCCAAAGUUAUUCUGGUGGAAGUCGACGGUCCUGUGGAUUACAGUCAAUUACCGGAAUCACUGAGCUAUAUCAAAAGGAAACAAGGAGCUCUGGAGUGGAAAAACUCAUUUGUUAAAACUAACAAUCCAACUCAACUAUACUUGAAAAGAAACUUCUGGAAGAACCUAAGGUGUAACAUGCCAGCUGUAUCUGCAAGAAGACUGCAAAGUAUUACUUGAAGUGGUGAAUAAGCUCAAUUUAUCCAGGUUUACGGAUGGCAUCCAUCAGAAUCUUCAGUUUUCAGGACUCUCUGAGACUAUUUUUUAAGUUGUCCACACAUGGAGACAAGGCAUUUGAGCUAUCAUUCAUCAUAAUGUGGAUGAUUUAUUUUAAUAACGUACACUUUUGUAAAGUACCAGAACCGGUCCACUUACCAUACUGACUCUUGCAGUUCACACAAAGAUCAUCAAGCGAUAAUGUGGCAAAUCUUAAAUGUUUUUCACUCAAUGUGUAUAUCUCUACAAGAACCAGAAGCUGACUUUGCAUCUUAAUUUCCUUAAUUUGCUUUGAUUAUAUUUCUGUUUCAUGGAUUAGGCCCAAACGUUUGUCACAGAGCAAAAAAAUAAAUCAGAUUUCAAUUAUAUUCUUUAUGCCAUGUAAGCGUUGUGUCAGACAGGUUUUUGCUGAAAACAAUGGCUUGAUAAUAAAGAGUUGUGUGGCUAGAUUGAA